AUGGGCGACCAAUCGCUUGUAGCUGCAGCUACUUUGACAAACAACAACGACAAGAAUUCCACAAAGCUCAAGGAAGAAUGGAAGCGCAACGUUUGGAGAAGCAAGACCGCCAGUCGUCUCAUUGCUAGCGACAACCGCAUGGUCAUGCUCAAAUCAAAGGAGAAGGUCAAUCCAAGUACCUUCAACGUUCACCAAGCCUUGCUCAGUUUCUACUCGCCAUACCACGACACACUUCUUAACGGGCCUUUUCUUGAGGGUAUGAAUCCUCCGACCGAGCCCUUCCUGGUCGAAGCUGGAUCGGGUGUUCUGAAGCUAUUUGUGACCUGGCUGUACAACGGCAGGGUCAACAUGAGACAUCCAGAAUGCCUUUCUGAUGUCGAGGUUGCCCACUGGUAUCUUGGAGUGACGAAGUUAUACAUACUUGCCGACUCAUUCAACUGUGUUGCGCUGGCUCGUCUGGUUGUGUCAAACUUCUUGAAUCACGAGGAUGAGCUCUACACCUUCCCCACCUGGAGCUGCAUUGGACUGUUAUCAGGCAGCUCCCUCGAGUCUUCUUCCUUGUAUCGCUACUAUCUAGCUGUCCUGGACGCACACUGGUGUGGUAGCCUGCGAGAUGAUGAGCAUGAGGGACAGUAUCAAGGAGAUCCAAACGGCGAAGAUCCCUUGCCAUCAAACUUGGCCUACAGACUGUUGUUGAGGAAGCUCCAGAGAACACAGGAUGGCCAGGAGGGAGAUUGCCGCUGUUGUCACGACCGCUGCGAGUUCCAUCGUCAUGAAAGCGAGGAGGAGCGUGAAGCCACCUGUGGAUCCCUGGAUGAUGAGACUGAAGACGACGGAGAUGCGAUAUCGAACUUCGAUAGCGAGGUAGACUCGGAAUCUGAAUCAGAUUCGGACACUGAUACCGCUUCGGAGGCCUUUUCUGCUUCGGAGGCCGAUACUGCCUUGAAGCCCUUGACUGCUUCGGAGGCUAACGCCUCGAUGAUGAGAACUGGCGUGUCUUGCAUUGGCGGUACUCGUUUCGAGUCCGAUGGGAAGGGAGGGUUGAAGUUUGUGAACGGAGAUCCUCUGUUCGAGAACUCCGACGACUCCGACUCAGACUCAGACUCGUCGACGGGGCCGUUGUCGGAUGCUGACACAAGCGCCGAACCAACCACAAAGAAGCGAGUUCGCGAGAAGGGGGACAAAGCAGGAGCGAAGACAAAGCGCAUCAAGGCAGUAUGA